CCUAGGAAAGGGUUUUCUUUUCAUUCAGCUUCUCUCGCGCUUCGGCUCAACUCUUUCUCUCACUUUGAUGGCCACACUUUGUUUCUGUUUCUUCUGCUAUUUAGCUAAAGUCUCGCAAACAGACACUUUCACCGCACUCUCCUAAACCCCAUCAACAGAUUUAUUUUAUGCUUUUGCUGCUUAAGCUCUUCAAAACGGCUCUUUCAACCUCUAACUCUACCCACAAGCUGCUGCUGCUGCUUCUUAGCAGGCCACGAGUUGCUGACCUUAAAAUGGUCACCGGGAUUGCCUCCACCGCUCCCUCUCAAGGGGCUAUUUGCCUCUUUUCUUCUUCUUCUCGUUUCGUCACUGUUGCUCCCUCUAGAGCCUUGAAACGGAGAGAGGCUUGUACAAUCCAGAGUGCCUCUAGUACCACUCCCAACCGUAUAUUGUUAAGUAGUUGCCCCCGGUUUUAUCAUUCCUUCUACCAUGGUGGGGCAUCUUCUGUGGAAAGAUUGUAUUAUAAACUUAUGACAGAUUCUUCACCAGCUAAGAUGAUCCCUCACUCUUCUGUGGAAAGAUGGUAUUUUAAACUUAUGACAGAUUCGUCUCCUGCUAAGAUGAUCCCAUACUAUCAACAUCAAAAUAGUUUUGAAAGAAAGCCCUCUAAAGAAAUUUUUAACCAGCAAAAAGUUGAUAAAAGAGGAGAACAAGUUUCCAGAAAUUGUAGCAGUGCAUCAAUAAAAGAGGUUGGACAUAACAGCCCUUACGGACCUCCCAGCACUCUGAAGUGGGAUGACGAAGUAAAAAGACUUAAGAAGACUAAAGCAGAAAGCAGUUUAUAUUUUCAAGAAGCCAUUGGUUCUAGGCAAAUUACUUCCCAGAAUCAUAAGCUGUUGGAUAAAUCUGAUGUUCAGGAACUAAUAGAUGCUGAAAAUGUUACAGCCAAUGGUUUUAAUUCUAAAUAUCUUGUUGUAACAAAGCCAGCUCUUACUGAACCAGACAGCACUGGCAAUAGAAAUAUAGCUUUAGACCCUGUAAAUCUUCAUAGACCUGACAGUUCAACAAAAGAGAGCUCAGAUUCAAAAGGCCGCUUAAGUAAGGAGACUAAAGCAAAACCGCAAGAUCUUCACCAUAAACUUACUAGCAUCUAUAACAAUGUUCUGCUUGUUGACAAUGUAUCUGAUGCGAAGAAAAUUGUUAAAAUGCUUACUCAACAGUAUAGGCACCUUGUCCAUGCAUGUGAUACUGAGGUGGCAAAGAUUGAUGUGAAGCAAGCGACACCCGUGGAUCAUGGAGAGAUUAUAUGUUUCAGUAUUUAUUCUGGACCACAGGCAGAUUUUGGUAAUGGGAAGUCCUGCCUCUGGAUAGAUGUUCUUGACGGUGGCAGGGAUCUUUUGAUUGAAUUUGCUCCAUUUUUUGAAGAUCCAUCCAUCAAAAAGGUUUGGCACAACUAUAGCUUUGAUAACCAUGUCAUUGAGAACUAUGGGUUCAAGGUUUUGGGUUUUCACGCUGACACAAUGCACAUGGCUCGAUUAUGGGAUUCAUCAAGAAGAGCAGAUGGUGGAUAUAGUCUUGAAGCACUCACAAGUGAUAAAGAUGUCAUGUCUGAUGUAACAUCAUGCCAGGAAAACGAUUUAUUUGGUAAAGUAUCGAUGAAAACAAUCUUUGGCAGGAGAAAGGUGAAAAAGGAUGGAUCUGAAGGCAAAUUGAUCACCAUCCCUCCUGUUGAAGAGCUUCAGAGAGAAGAACGGAAAUCAUGGAUUUGUUAUUCUGCCUUAGAUGCAAUAAGCACUCUAAAGCUUUAUGAGACCUUGCGGAAAAAACUGUUGAACAUGAACUGGAAACUUGAUGGGAAACUUGUACCAGGAGGAACCAUGUUUGACUUCUAUCAGAAAUACUGGCUGCCAUUUGGUGAGAUUCUGAUUAAAAUGGAAACUGAAGGUAUGUUGGUUGAUAGAGAAUAUCUUGCCGAGAUUGAGAAGAUAGCAAAGGCAGAGCAAGAGGAUGCUGUUAACAGAUUUCGAAAUUGGGCAAUAAAGUAUUGUCCUGAUGCCAAGUAUAUGAAUGUGGGAAGUGAUACACAGCUGCGCCAACUCUUAUUUGGUGGCACCUUAAACUGUAACAAUCCCGAUGAGAUUCUUCCACAUGAAAGACUUUUCAAAGUUCCCAAUAUUGAAAAAAUUAUUGAAGAAGGAAAGAAAGCCCCAACAAAAUUUCGAAAUAUCAAGCUCCAUAGCAUUGGUGUUAAAUUGCCCACCGAGAAGUAUACAGCCACUGGUUGGCCUUCAGUUGGUGGAGAGGCUUUGAAGACCUUAGCUGCCAACAUUUCGGCACAAUAUAAUUUUGUGGAUGAGUCUAAUGACUUGCUCAUAGAUGAUAAUGCUGAAAAUGCUGCAGAGAGAGAGGCAGAUGAAGAAUCAGAAGCAAACAAGCCACCUGCAGAAGAAAAAACUUUUGCUACAGAGGAAGAGGCAAGGGAUGCUUGCCGUGCCAUUGCUUCUUUGUGUGAAGUUUGCUCUAUUGACUCCUUGAUAUCCAACUUCAUCCUCCCCUUGCAGGGAUGUAAUGUAUCAGGCAGGAAUGGGCGUGUUCAUUGUUCACUAAAUAUCAACACAGAAACAGGACGCUUGUCAGCUAGGAGACCAAAUUUGCAGAAUCAGCCGGCUCUGGAGAAGGACCGCUAUAAGAUCCGUCAGGCAUUCAUAGCUGCACCUGGAAACUCUCUUAUUGUUGCUGAUUAUGGGCAGCUGGAACUUCGAAUUCUUGCGCACCUUGCUAAUUGUAAGAGCAUGUUGGAUGCUUUUGAAGCUGGUGGAGAUUUCCAUUCAAGGACUGCAAUGAAUAUGUAUCCACAUAUCCGUAAUGCCAUUGAAAUGAAGCAAGUGCUUCUUGAGUGGCAUCCUCAACCUGGUGAAGAUAAACCCCCAGUUCCAUUAUUAAAGGAUGCCUUUGGUUCUGAAAGAAGAAAAGCAAAAAUGCUUAACUUUUCCAUUGCAUAUGGAAAAACUCCUGUAGGUCUUGCUCGGGAUUGGAAGGUUUCUGUUGAGGAAGCUCGGGAAACAGUUUCUCUCUGGUAUAGUGAUAGGAAAGAAGUGCUCACAUGGCAAGAGGCUCGUAAAAAAGAAGCACGUAUGGAGGGAUGUGUUUAUACAUUGCUAGGACGGGCUCGCAGGUUCCCAUCAUUUAAAUCUGUUUCACGUUCACAGAGAAAUCAUAUUGAACGGGCUGCUAUUAAUACACCAGUGCAGGGUAGUGCUGCUGAUGUUGCCAUGUGUGCCAUGAUAGAAAUAUCAAAGAAUGUAAAGUUGAAAGAUCUUGGAUGGAAGCUGCUUUUACAGGUUCAUGAUGAAGUAAUCUUAGAAGGUCCAAGUGAAUCAGCUGAAGUUGCCAAGGCCAUAGUUGUCGAGUGCAUGUCCAAACCCUUCAACAGGAAGAAUAUUCUUCGAGUUGACCUAAAUGUCGACGCUAAGUGUGCUCAAAACUGGUACUCCGCCAAAUAGGUGGCCCAUCUGCAAGAAUAGGAAUGGAUUUGGGUGAAAAUAUCUAGAUUUUCUAAGCUAAUUGAAUCACUAAAACGGCUUCCCUAAAUUUUGUUGCUUAGGGAAUCUAUCUAACGUGUUGGGUUUUAAUUCAGAAUUUUUCUUCCCUGGUGAUGGUGUUGGUAAUGGCAUGGCCAAGGGCGGGGAUGUAAAGUGUGCUCUGAUCCUUUGGUUCCAUAUUUUGUGAGAAUCAUGACCAAGAUGAUGGCACAAGAGGGAAUUGAAACAUUGUGUAUAUCAGGUGUUCAGUAUUUCUAAGAGUGGCUCCUUGUAAGAAAGUUCUGUAUUUUAUUGCAAGAAAUGAAAUUGCAACUUUGGUUUUUUA